AUGUCGACAGCCCCCGCAGCGGUAACGCUCGGCAUCAACAACUGGAACUCCCCUGAAGCGUCAACCCACAAACACAGCACCCUGGCCCUCCGUGCUCCGCGCCUGUCUGGUUUACGUCUGCUUCACAAGGACACGAUGUCACAGCUCCUGCUUGUGCUAGUGCUCUCUGCGGUGGGAUUCCCUUCGAUGGAGUCGUUCCUGAUAACACCCACAACGAGCGCCGCUUGGUUAGAUCCGCGGCCUGCGUCGCAUCAGCAGCGGCGAAGAUCAAGCAGUGCGAUUUUUCCAUCACCGCGCAGCAGAUGCAGUAGAAAGGAGCGGCCUACAUGCUCCCGCGCAACAACACCACCCCCACUGAGCGCCACCACACCAGACGCAACGGAAGGGCCGAGCCAACAGCAGCAGCGACCGAAGCAAUCGGUUCGGAGAAAAACGAAACGCCGGCCUAGACAGCACGUCCCAGUAGACGACGUCGACUCACCCUCCUCGGAGGUCGGCGGCGAGAUAGGGGCGGGGUUUGUCGGAGAUCCGUUCGUAGACCUGAUCGCGCCGACGGAGUACGCCGCCUCCGAUGCCUCGGGCGAUUCCUCGCGCGACUCAACGCCGUUGCCGCCAUCGCCUGCGGGGGGAGCGACGCCGCCGCUGCCGGAGCCGACGACCAGGGACCGGCAGAGAUUCGAGAGGAUCAUGGAGGAGGUGCUGGAGGAGGAGAAGGAGGAGGAGCUCCCCGCCAUCCUCUCCAGGCACGUCGACUUCCUGCUGUCGGUGGACGUCACCGCCCUGACCAACGACCUCAUAAGGCAAGAGCCCACGCUGACCCGCGUGAACACUCUCCGCAAUGCCUACGAGUUCAUCGUGUCGUUCCUCGAGAGCAUGGUCGAGUCCACCGUCGACGUGCAGAAGGAGAACCAGACGUUGCUCAGGUUGAUAAUCGAAGCGGCCAAGACAAGUCCCGAAGUGUUCGACAAGAGAAUGAAGAACCUGCAGGACCGCUUUACGUUCGAGUUCGUCAAGUACUUGGACGGCGAGGUGGAGAGACUGGAAAAGGUGGAGAAAGACAUGGCGGAGAAGAAGAAGAAGAGGAAAGUGCCCGCGGAGAAGGAUGACAUGCCGAUGGGCGGCGACGGCAACGAGGUCCUGAACGUGAUCAGGAUAGUGCGGACGAGGGUGUGCGCGCAGCUGGACCUGAUGAUGGGCGAGGACGUGGCGGUGCUGACGCGGAUGCUGAGCUACGACGACCGGUUCAUGAUGCGGGCGGCGCUGCGGACCGUCCUCAGAGAUAAAUCGCCCAAGGAGAUCGCCGCGUUCGGCGCCCUAGUGUCGAAGACUCUCGAGGAUGUCGUCGCGCUCGGCAGCGGGGUUGACCCCGUGCUGCGGUCCAAGCUGUCCGACAUGUCGGAGGACAUCACGGCGGUGGGCAGGGACGUCGAGGAGAGGCAGAAGGACAAGAGGGAGCGAGAAGCGGGAGGAGCGUAGGUUGUCGUCGUUCUCAUUUCUUUCUUUUUUUUGGUGGCACACGACCAGUAACGCCUAGGAGAGGUUAGAAGGACAAGAGAGACGUGCUUUUGUUUGUUCUGCGGGCAAACAACAAGCAGCGGCAGAGAGUUGCGGACGUUCGUCACAGUAGCAGUGCAAGCUGCGGGCUCCCAUUGCCGGACCAACAGAACCGGUGAGUGCGUGGCAGACGAGAGAGGUUGACUCGUGUAAAUCACCACGCAGCUUGGAAAAUUACGCCGGCCCGUGGGUGCUAGUUGCGAAACUAGGGGGUUGAGGG